GAGAAGAAAAAGAGCGUGAAGGUCGGGGGAUAGAUAGGGUUUGCCUUUACCCUGCUUUGCUCUCGGUGGUGUCACUGAUUGGCGUUGCCAAAUUUCCUUUGGCUUCUUCUUCUCCGAAUCUUUCAGAAUCUCUCUCUCAUUUAUUUUUGAAUUGAAGUUUCUUUCUCAUUAUCUAAAAUAUCCUCGCGCGUGUUAUUAGCGAUGCCGGAGGAAGAAGUAGUGGAGCUCAAGUUCCGUCUCUACGAUGGAUCCGACAUCGGUCCCUUCCGUUACUCCCCUGCCUCCACCAUCGCCAUGCUCAAGGACCGCAUUUUUGCAGACUGGCCCAAAGACAAGAAGAUUAUACCAAAAGCAGCAAAUGAUAUAAAACUGAUAAGUGCUGGCAAAAUUUUGGAGAACCACAAGACAGUUGGCCAGUGUAGAGUACCUUUUGGCGAGCUUCCCAAAGGGGUUAUAACCAUGCAUGUUGUGGUCCAGCCAUCUUUGCUCAAAGCAAAAACAGAGAAAAAAGUUGAUGAGGUGCCCAGAAAACAUAUAUGUGCAUGUUCGAUAUUGUGAGAAUCCGUCGUCGUCAUCAUCAUCAUGAAGAGUUAAGCUGCUGAUCUCGCCUUAGUUGUAUGCUGGGAUAUCCGAAGGUCAUGGAUAUGCGUAGCUGGGAAGACAAUAAUUUGUAAAAAAGUCCCAAUCCCCAUCAUAGUUGAGUGUUGUUGGAGGGCAUUCCUGUGUAGCAAUGCUUGCCAGUGAUGAUUUUCUCAUGUCCUAUAAAAUGGUUGGAUGUUUGAUGUAUCAAGGUAGGUGCAGUCUAUAUCAUAAUAUCAAAUAUAAUAUUAUAGAAAAAAAAGUUCGAUCACUAUUUUCUAAGGAUAUUCAACAGUAUUCACUACCGGAAUGAUCAUACCCGUUUCUUGUGGCA